AUAGUGUAGCCAUGGCUUCAUUCACCUGUUCUUCUCCAUCUUCGAUUUUACCUGUAAAAAUCGCUCCUUUGUUUCUCUCAUAUCUGACAACGUAUCAUUCUCCGAUUUCGAUGUGAUUUCUCAUUUUCGAUUUUUGUAUCUUCAGAUUAUUGAUACAAGAAGUGGGAAUUUGCGCUGCACAUUUCACUCUCAGGUUUUGUUUGGUUGAUUUUUCGCUACGAAUUGUUAGGUUUUCUGGAAGAAUAUGGAGUGAAUCUGGUUGAUUUUUUUAGGUUUCUUGUGGGAUUCAGAGGGAUGAUAAUGGACGUCGUGUUUGGCGGAGGAGAACAUUGACGAAGAAGGACGAUAUGUUGCGUUACAAAAUGCAAAGAGUUCCAUUUGUGGAAGAACAAGUAAGAAAGAUAAGAGAAGUUGGGAAAGUAAUGACAAUGGACAUAGAGCAGCUUCUUUUGAGGGAAGACAAUCGGUUUGAAUUUGUCAAUAGCGUAGCAGCUGAAGCAACAGAGUACGUGGAAAAGAACAGAGACGAAUAUGGAGGUUCUAAAAAAGCCAUCUUUCAUGUUCUGAGCAACCGUGUGAACGAUCUCGGGUUUGAUCGCCCUGAGGCUUAUGUAGAAGCUGAUCCUUACAAGCCCGGUCCUGGCUAUUUGUUGGAGUAUUACACAUGAGAUCUUAUAACAAGAGUUUCAAUGUACUUCACACCUUUAUUGUUGUAUUACCAAACCAAAUCAAUGCAUUCACAGCUU